AUGUUGAAACGCCUUCAUGAAGACGAAGAUGAUGAAGAUGACUACAUGUCUGACAAAAUCUUAACAGCUGCUGCUCAAGCAUCAGCUCCACAGUUACUGAAUCCUCGUCGGCGUGUUCCACCACCAACCUCUGCACCUCUUCCAAAGGAAAAAUCUCGUAAAUUAAUUGAAACUGAACAACGCGAACAAGGUUUAUCUACUGCAAUAGCAAGUGAUAAUAAAGGUUUUCAACUGUUAAAGAAGAUGGGCUAUAAAGAAGGGACAAAACUGGGUAUGAAUCAAUCGAAUGGUCUAGCCGAGCCAAUUCCAAUAAAAAUUCUUCCGUCACGUACUGGUCUUGGUGAACAAAAUGAAAAAGAAGAGCAACUUCGUAUCAAAGCAGAAAUUAGAACAAAAUUUCAUCAACAAGCUCAGUCAACUUAUCAAGAUCAUUUAAAACAAAAAUAUCAUUUCAAACGUCUACGAAAAGAUAUUGGUAAAUGUCAAUCCAUAUGUGAGAAACUCGACCGAGAAAAAUUCAAUCUUGAAGAGAACAUUCUCUGGAGAAAUAGCAACAUACAACAAGAUGAAAAAGGUGAAGAAGAUGAAGAUUUCGACGAUGGUAACAAUCAACAAGUAGUCAUGGAAUUACAAUUGAAAACAUUGACAGAAUAUUUACGAGAUAAACAUUUGUACUGUAUUUGGUGUGGACAAACAUUUGAAACAUCAGAAGAACUAGACGAUACUUGUCCUGGAAACGAAAGAGACUUACAUUGA